UGUGCUCGUGCAAACAACAGCUCCAUUUCGUUUCAUCAUUUCCGGUCCAUCUGACUGUGCCGCCUUGUGCGCGCGCCCGACCAAAGAUAGGGAAAAGCGAUCGGGCAAUAAUCUCUCUCUCCAUCCCUUGAGACCGUUUCGCCCUCAUCAGCCCCGUUGGGAGGAGCACCAUCAUCAGUCCAGCCACCUCUGUCGCCAUAGCUGUGUCAUAUCACACAGAAUAUAAGAUCGCCCAAAGGAGGCGACCCCUUUGCAAUGAAUGCAAAAACUCCCCUCCUGCCGCGCACCGAGCAGGAGACGCAAUCACGGGUCCAGGCGAUGCAUUCGCGGAGACGAUUCGGGAGGUUCCAUGCUGCCGCUAUAGGCCUCCUGCUUGGCUUGUUCUGGCUCGCGACGACCUGGCAAUGUACCGAUCCGAAUCAUAAUCACGGCGGCGGGGAAGAGACGGCAACCAAGGUGCCGUUGGAGAUACAUAUCAUGUCAAAGUGCCCCGACGCGCGCGACUGUCUGAAGAAACUCAUCAUCCCUACCAUGGCCAACGUUGCUGAAAAAGUCGAUUUUAGAUUGUCUUUUAUCGGAAAGGCGACGGAUGAGGACGACGGUGUCCAAUGUAAACACGGUCAGACCGAAUGUCUGGGGAACAUCCUCGAGCUGUGCGCUGCCGCCGAAUACCCCGAGCCGAAGCGGUACCUCGGUUUCACCAUGUGCCUAUCGCGAGCGUACCAGGAGAUACCCAAGCGAGAAUUGGUGCAGGAUUGCGCUCUCGAGCAUGGGAUCGAUUUCGACCGGCUGAACCACUGUGUGAGCAAGGAUGAUGGAGCAUACGGAAUGGGCCUGCUGAGGGAGAGCGUCAAGAGGAGCGCCGAGCUGAACGUGACCACCAGCUGCACGGUGCGAUUGAAUGACCAAGUGAGGUGUAUCUAUGAUGGGGGGAGGUUCAGGAACUGCGAAGGUGGAUCCAGGCCCGAAGACCUGAUUCGCGAUAUCAACAAGCUCUAUAACGAGGCUAGAGGGUGGACGGAAUGAAGAACCGAGCAAGCUGUUAUACGUCGACUGGCCAUGGCUUUGCAUUGCCACUCCUUGCCGAACUGGAGGACUGCACGUUCCUUGCCUCCUCCUCGACUUCGGCAUCUUCCCGAAUCCGAGUCGUCUUCGAACACCAUAUCAUUCGUUGUCCCCAUUCCAAGAGGGAACGCCAGCGUAGCCUCAAUCAGCUCGCAGCACUAUAUCAGAAACGACCCUUGGAUACAUCGACACUGCACACACUCUCAGCAUUAACCUGAGUU